UGGUGACAAACAAACAUAAAAUUUUGUGAAAUGUUGAAAAGUUUACGACGAGAAUUACUAAAUAAAUUUAUUUUCAAUAAAUUCAAUAAAGAAAGAAAUUAAAAAUUAAACAACUUGGUGGAUUUGUUAAAAAAUUAUAAAAAUUUUAAAGUUAAAAAACACCGCUGGUCGGUGGAAAUUUAAGAGAAAAAGAAAGAAAAAAAAAAGUCCGAAAAAAAAGAAAAAUUACGGAAAAAUAAAAUACACAAAAAAUAAAAGAAAAAGCUACAAAAAGAAAAUCACAACUAACAUACAACGCGGCUUUUAAAAAAGGCACAAGAAUUAUGUAAAAUAAAAAAGUUAAAAUUAUUUAAAAAAAUCUAAAAAAUAAAUCAAAAUUUAUAUAAAAAAAAGUUAAAAUAAAAUUCUUAUAGAAAAAUAGAAAAGUUGUAAUAAAAUCUCUAGUGCAAAAAAGCAAAAAAAGCAAGUGUCAAAGAAAAUUGUAAAUUAUAACAACACAACAACAAAUUAAAAGUAAAGCAUUAUAACCUUAAAAGUGAUUUUUUAAGAAAUUUAAUAUAAAAAAAAUACCACACCCUCCUUUUGCUAAUAAUAAAAAAAGUGUAAAAUUAAUAAAAAUUUAAAAAAUUCAAAUAAAAAUACAAACAAUAGUAAAACGCCACCAUUUAAGGUGGCGUCCUCCAAAAUAAAAACUUUGGAGGCAAAGGCUUUGCAGGCCACGACAAUAUCAACAACAACAGCAGCUGCAACAACAACAAAAACAGCAAAUGCCGAACAAACAACAACAACAACUGCUAUAAUUAAACCUAGAUUAUCAUUAGCCUCCAACACCACCACAUCAUCUUCCAGUAAUUCUUCCUUAAAAUCACUUAAAACAAAACCCUCAAGCCAAACACCCACAACUUCCAUAAUAAAACAACCACAACUGCAACAACAACAGCAUCACAAACUUCAUCAUAACUCGAACACGACGACAACAACAACUACAACAACAACCACCUCUAGUGUAACACAUAAAUCUUCUAACACCUCUACAAACACUAAAGAAAAAUUCAAAUCAAAACAAUUACUUAAAGCCACCUCUAAAGUGAAAAAGAAAACCAAACAAUUGACAUUUGACAAUACACCCUUGUGUUUGUUGCAACCUCAUACUACCACCCCGCCUCCGGUCUCUACAACUGCCUAUCCCAAAUCCGCCUUUAAUCUACGCAAAUAUUCAUUACCCACAAAUCUACCACAGCCUUUACAAAACUCACCUCUAGCCGUCAAUACCCAGCGUAAAACCAGCACAGCGGCUUUAAAAACCGAUUCAACUUUACACACUUUACCCUAUCCGCCCUCGUAUGUCUUAAGUCAAAGUUCAAAAGUGAAAAAAACCAAAACCACCAAACGUCUAACGAAAUUCUUAAGGGCGGCCUCCUCCUCAAAUUCACCACACUCGAAAGGCAGACGCAAAUCGUCGGCCGCCUCAAUUGUAGAAACUGCAUUAGCUGCCGCUGGUGUUACCGUUAAUCUAACCAACGCCUCGGCCUCUUCGGCAUCGGCUACCGAGCUAUUGGCCCAGGAUUUGUAUACUAAGACCCCAACACCCGCUUCAAAUUGUGAUUUAAGUUCGACCCUCAAUUGUGGCGCUAACGAGUCUGUAGCCGGCGAAUCUGGAGCUGCUGCCGGCGAGGAGGGUGAAGAAUCGACGUGGUGUGGUGGUGGUGUUAAUUUUCUAGUGUAUAUGGUUUGUUCAUUUUGCUGUUGUUGUUAUAAUUUUCGCAAUUCACCCACAAGCUUCGAUGUAGAAAAUGGCCAAAGUGCUCGAUCACCGCUUGAAGGCGGCUCUCCCAGCGCCGGUUUGGUUUUACAGAAUCUACCCCAACGUCGUGAAUCGUUUUUAUAUCGUUCCGAUUCUGAUUUUGAAAUGUCACCUAAGUCAAUGUCCCGCAAUUCAAGCAUUGCUAGUGAAAGCCAUGGCGAGGAUCUCAUUGUGACACCAUUUGCCCAAAUUUUAGCCAGUUUACGUUCUGUACGCAAUAAUUUAUUAAGUCUGACAAAUGUUCCAGCAACCAACAAAUCUAGGCGACCAACACAAACUUCAAUGGGACGUUCCUCAACGGCGGGCAUACAAUUGAAUCAGGGCGAUGAGGCAUACACUAGAUUGGCCACCGAUACAAUAGAAGAAUUAGACUGGUGUUUAGAUCAACUGGAAACAAUACAAACACAUCGCAGUGUAUCCGAUAUGGCUUCACUAAAGUUCAAACGCAUGCUUAAUAAGGAAUUAUCUCACUUCAGUGAAUCGAGUAGAUCGGGAAAUCAAAUUUCAGAAUACAUUUGUUCAACAUUUUUGGAUAAACAACAAGAAUUUGACUUGCCCUCGAUGCGUUUCGAAGAGAAUACCGAUCCAAAUGUACCGGUACCACAAUUAACACAACAACAGCAGCAACAACAACAACGCAGUCGUUCACCCAGAGGCCCACCCAUGUCCCAAAUAUCUGGUGUUAAACGUCCACUUUCACAUACAAACUCAUUUACAGGCGAACGUUUACCCACAUAUGGUGUAGAGACAACACAUGAGGCCGCGUUGGGUCAACAUUUGGCCGAAUUGGAUACCUGGGGCAUUGAUAUAUUUAAAAUAGGCGAUUUAAGCAACAAUCGUCCACUCACCUGUGUAGCAUACACAAUAUUUCAGAGUAGAGAAUUAUUGACCAGUCUUAUGAUACCACCGAAAAAUUUUCUUAAUUUUAUGACUACUCUGGAGGACCAUUAUGUUAAAGACAAUCCGUUUCACAAUUCACUACAUGCGGCUGAUGUAACACAAAGUACUAAUGUUUUAUUAAAUACUCCUGCACUUGAGGGUGUUUUUACGCCACUGGAAGUGGGCGGUGCUCUAUUUGCAGCCUGUAUUCACGAUGUUGAUCAUCCUGGUCUAACUAAUCAAUUUUUAGUUAAUUCAAGUUCCGAAUUAGCCUUAAUGUAUAAUGACGAAUCUGUUUUGGAAAAUCAUCAUUUAGCUGUUGCCUUUAAAUUAUUGCAAAAUCAAGGAUGUGAUAUAUUCUGUAAUAUGCAAAAGAAACAACGCCAAACAUUAAGAAAAAUGGUUAUUGAUAUUGUACUAUCAACUGACAUGUCCAAACAUAUGAGCCUUUUGGCCGAUUUAAAAACUAUGGUAGAAACGAAAAAGGUAGCAGGAUCUGGUGUACUACUGCUGGACAAUUACACAGAUCGUAUACAGGUUCUUGAAAAUCUUGUCCAUUGUGCCGAUUUAAGUAAUCCCACUAAACCCUUGCCGCUCUACAAACGCUGGGUUAGUCUACUAAUGGAGGAGUUCUUUUUGCAAGGCGAUAAAGAACGUGAAUCGGGCAUGGAUAUUAGUCCAAUGUGUGAUCGUCAUAAUGCUACGAUUGAAAAGUCGCAGGUCGGCUUUAUUGAUUAUAUUGUACAUCCACUCUGGGAAACUUGGGCCGAUUUGGUGCAUCCAGAUGCUCAAGAUAUAUUAGAUACGCUUGAAGAGAAUAGAGACUAUUAUCAGAGUAUGAUACCACCAUCACCACCACCAUCACAGGCCGAUGAACAGCCAGCUAACGAGGAUAAAAUAAGGUUUCAGGUAACCCUUGAAGAGUCCGAUCAAGAAAAUUUAGCUGAACUAGAAGAAGCUGAUGAAACAGCGGCCGAACGAGGUGAUGAUGAUGUCGCCAACAACUCCUUGACCACAACGGGUGAAAAUAAACCGUCGGGGAGUCAAAAUCAAUCUCAUCACGCUGGAAUGUGACGGAGAGUCGUGGGACUAUGCCGAAAAAUUACAGAAAAGGCGCAAAAUUUUUUGCUAAUACGUUAGUGACUUUAAAAAAACAUAAAAACAAACAAAAAAAAAAACUUUAAAAAGCUUAAAAAAUAACAAAUUUACUAGAAAAAAAUUAUUCAAAAAAAAU